GUGAGUUUCUAUAACCACGAGCGGAGCGGAUCGAGUGGCAGCUGCCGCAGCACUUUUCAUGUGAAGAAAAACGAGUGGCUUCACAUGAAAAAUUGCAAAAAGUAAUUUUCCUCUAAAACAAUGGACUCUGACACUGAAACAGCGAUUAAACAUGAAAAAGUGGAAGAUCAAGCCGACAGUGGCAGCGAGCCGGUGGACGUUGAGGCCCAGCCAUCGCCCCCGCCGAUGCUGCCGGCGCACGGCCUGCAGUCGAUGUUCGAUACGAUCGACUAUCUGAUCGUACAGGAUGGAUAUCAGUGUGCCGCCUGUCCGAUGGAGAAGCGUCGAGCGUAUCCGAAUAUGCCGGCGUUGCGGCGACACAUGGUAAAGCACGUCAACGGAGGACGGGCAUGCGGCGGAAAACGGGAAAUCCGAUGCAACCACUGCAAUCGAACCUUCGAACGGGUCGAUUUACUGCGGAAGCAUCUGUUGGAAGCGCUGAACAAGGAGUACGGCGGUAAUUACAGUGCCGAAGGUGAUGAGGAUGACGAUGGAGGUGCUGUGACGCCGGUGAUCUACAUCGUCAAAGAUGGAUGCUUGACGUGCUCGGCUUGCGAUGCGGAGUUCGGAGCGGUUACCCGGUGGAAUAAGGAAAAAUUCAAGAAGCACGUUGGGAUGCUGCACUGGAAACAUCCGGCGUUCAAGUGUGACGAGUGCGGGAAAAUGUUCCACAAAGCGGACAGUUUGGAGAAGCACAUGAUACGCCACGCUGAAUCGCUGGAAGUAGGAUGGAUGGGAACGGAACCGUCAACAUCCAGUGGAAGUAAGCUAGGACUGCACGAUCCAAUAGACUCAAAAGUCCCAAUUGAAGAUUUGCAAGAUCCGAUGGACACGUUGCACACACAGGAACUACCCCUACCCGAGGUGCAGAUUAAGGUUGAACAGGAUGAAGAGGAAGGAAGCGAUGAGUCCAACUCCAGCGAUUCGAGUUCGUCUUCAUCUAAUUCUUCUUCCUCCUCCUCUCCAAGUUCCGACUCAGACUCGGAGUAUGAACGCGCCAAACGCAAGAGGAAGAGCACACCGAAAGCUCGCAAUAAGAAACAGGUAAAAACUCCCUCCCGGAAAGUCCCCGGCGAAGCUGAUGGCUCCAUCAUUCUCGCCUGUAACCUGUGCGACGAAGGAUUUCUCGUUCAGGAGCUUCUGGAUCGCCACAUGGCCCAGAAGCAUGAUGACCGGGACCGACCAUUCCGAUGUACUGAUUGCGGAAAGACCUACAUGACCAAUGGGAACCUUCAGGAGCACAUACGAAUGGUUCAUUCAGGAAUUAAGUUCCCCUGCAAGGUAUGCAAAAUCAAACUGUCUACCAAGAGCUCCUGGAAGCGUCACAUGAAAGGUCAUACGGAGGAAGGUUUCAGCUGUGAAAUCUGCAAGGAAAAGUUCACCUCGCAUUCAGUUUUGGCCAAACACAAACGACGAGUUCACGAGAAGGUGGCCAAGAACUUCAUCUGCCUGGAAUGCGGCAGCACAUACGACAGCAAUGCCGCGUUACGGGAGCACAGAAUAUCCCACACGAAUGAGCGCCGAUGGGAGUGCGAGCAGUGUGGCAUGAAGUUCAAACGAAAUCACAAUCUAAUGAAUCACAGAAAGACGCAUCUGGUGGAGAAGGCGGUGGUGACAUUCAAAUGCCAGGAAUGCGACGAGGAGUUCACGACGAAAGGUGCCCUAACAGCGCACCGGCCCGUGCACGGUAAGGUCUGCUGUCGAAUCUGUAAACGAACCUUCGAUUCGCAAAGUGAGCUGAUGCAGCACCGCAAAGAUGACCAUCAGCUCUUCAAGCUGCCCGGAAUCGAAUGUCGGACGUGCUACUUGAGAUUUCCGAAUUCCGACGAACUACUUCAACACCGCAGAUCAACUCAUCCCGACGAUGACUCGAUGCAGUGUAACAUUUGCAAUGCCUCUUUUGCAACGCCAGCAGCGCUGAGAAACCACCAGCGCGGUCAUCAGCGAGUAACCCUGUACAAUUGUCCCAACUGUACGGAAACGUUUAAUUCCCAACUGCUGCUCGAUACGCACCUGAAGAGUGUCCACUCGGACGCUAAGAACCACAUGUGCGACCUGUGUGGCAAGGGAUUCCCCACUCGGAAGCAACUGGCCUCGCACUUGAUGAGACACCGUAGACCACAGAAGCAGCACCAUUCCAACUUGCCUGGGCACUAUAUCUGCGACAUCUGCGGCAAGGAGUUCAACUUCCGAAUCACCCUCAAGCGCCACGUGUUCAACAUUCACACCAAUGAGAGCAAGUUCCAGUGUACGGUGUGCGAUAAGGUGCUGGUUUCGGCGGAGGGAUUAAAGCUGCACUUGCGAAGUCACUCGGAAGAUCAGAUGGUGGUUUGUGACCUGUGUGGCCACAGUUUCACGCAAGCCUACCGACUGCGGGUGCACAUGGCUCGACACGAGCGCGAAGGAAACAUUUUCCGCUGUCACAUCUGCAACCGCGUAUGCCGUGAUCCGAAGAAGCUCGAAUUGCACAUCAAAUCUCACACCGGAGAAACGGAGCACAGCUGUGCUCCCUGUCAGCGCCACUUUGCCACAAAUCGGCACUACCGGUUGCACAUGAAGCGGAUGCACGAAUCGGAAGCGCACUGUCCAGUGUGCGACAAAUUGUUCCCCACGGAGGCUAAGAUGAAGAGCCAUAUUCGGAUUCACGACAAUCCCCACAUGUUCGAAUGUCCCAAGUGCUACACUUGUAUCAAGGACAAGAAGCACCUGGACCGGCACCUGAGACAGCACAAGAACGAUGGCAUCCGGUUCCCGUGUCGCUACUGUCCGCAAAAGUUUGUAAUGAUGAAAACGCUACGGUUCCAUAUGUCCAAGAUGCACAAGGAUGAGGAUAAGGAACUAGCCGGGCACGAGAUGCUGGUGGACGAAGAAGGCCCCGGAACCAUGGGCGAUGAUGACUCGGAGGAAGGCUUAAUGGCCGAUCAGCGCGAGGAUGAGGUAAGUGUGGGUUGAAUUUGAAUAGCACUAUGUUAAUAUGUAGUUCGAUAGUUGUGAAAUCGAUUGUGUAGCACACGGAAGU